UCGCAGCCGACCUGAUGCCCGCCUCGUCAGAGGACACUCAGCCGGGCGGCCUCCCUUCGAAGCUGACGUUGGAAGCCAUGAACGCCACACUGCUGAAGGGCCUCAACGGGUCGGAGCGCUGCCCCAGAGACACGCGGGUCGCCCAGCUGGUGUUCCCGGCCGCCUACACUGUCGUCUUCCUCGCCGGCCUCCUGCUGAACGCCGCAGCCCUGUGGGUGUUCGUCCACAUCCCCAGCUCCUCCACCUUCAUUGUCUACCUCAAGAACACACUGGCGGCCGACCUGAUAAUGACGCUCACGCUUCCGUUCAAAAUCCUCUCCGACGCCCACCUCGGCCCCUGGCAGCUCAGAGCCUUUGUGUGUCGUUUCUCGGCUGUCAUCUUUUACGCCACCAUGUACGUGGGCAUCAUACUGCUGGGCCUCAUAGCCUUUGACAGGUUCCUCAAGAUCAUCAGACCUUUUGGAAAAUAUUUCGUGCAAAAACCCGCUUUUGCAAAAACGGUCUCGACCCUGGUCUGGCUCCUUUUGUACCUCACCUCUCUGCCAAAUGUGAUCUUAAGCAACAAGGAAGCCACACCGUCGUCUGUGAGAAAGUGCGCCUCCUUAAAGGGUCCUCUGGGGCUCAAAUGGCACCAAGUGGUGAAUAACAUAUCCCAGUUCAUUUUCUGGACCGUUUUUGUCCUAAUGCUUCUGUUUUAUGUGGUGAUCGCAAAACAAGUAUACAAUUCUUACAGAAAGUCCAAAAGCAAGGAGAGCGGAAACAACAAAAAGCUGGGAGGUAAAGUAUUCGUUGUGGUGGCCGUCUUCUUUGUGUGCUUUGCUCCAUUUCAUUUUGCCAGAGUGCCAUAUACACAGAGCCAGACCAACAGCAGGACUGAUUGCCGGGUGCAAAACCACCUGUUUAUUGCUAAGGAAACAACUCUCUUUUUGGCAGCAACUAACAUUUGUAUGGACCCCUUCAUAUAUAUAUUCUUAUGUAAAAAAUUCACAGAAAGGCUACCAUGCAUGAGAGGCAGAAAGAUGGCAACAUCAACCCAAGAAAAUCACACCAUCCAGACUGACCAUAACAUAACCCUAGGCUGAUAACUUUAUUAUGGUUAGCUUCUAUUUAUCAACAAGACUUCAAGAGACAAUUUAUUUGGAAAUAAAAUUUAAGCAAUGAAAGAAAAAACGGUUGGAACAAAUGCUUUCUUACACUUUAUUACCCUGGUGCAGAAAGGAUUAUGUAAAUUUUAAGGCCACACAGAUUUAUUCAUAAGCAAAAUGAAGUGUCUCUGAAAGAAUGCAACAGAAAGUAAACGGCCACUAGAGGUCGGCUUUUUGAGAGCAUUCGCUGAAAACUGGGGAAAGAUUUACUAUGGAUAAAUGUAUAUCCCUAAAAACCUCCCCUCCAAAAUACCUUCUCACAUUCUUUUACACACACAAUUCAAACAACACUACUGCUUCUGUGUCCCACAAAUGUCGGUACUUGUUGAUUUUAAAAAAGAAUAAAACAACCUUGAAAGUCCUCAGGUGAAAGCUGAAGCUAGGGGUUGAAAAGGAUGCUAGAGAGGAAGUAUCUGGGGAGUGGGGUGGCUGAGAAGCCCUCUGGAAGCCGGGAUGAAGGGGCUGCUCCUUAGAAUUACACAGCACCUCUUCCUCACUCUCCCAGUGCACCAUGGGAGCACAAGCACCAUCAUUAAACCACACGUGCACUGCUGCACUGCAGUACCUUGCUCACAUCAUAAAUGUGCACAAUUCAAGGGCAAGAAUACUGUAUUCUUCUUGCUUGGAAUUCUCUCUCUGCCCAGCAAACACUCUAUUGGUGGUUGAAUAUUCUGCCUUCUCCGCAAAGCCUGCCUGGGCCACAGCGUCUGCUCUCCUGCCUCACCUUUGGCUGAAGAGCAAGACUCCUCCCACUGUCGUGUGCACAGAAGGCCCUCACUGCUAGUUCCCCUUUACGGGAUGGUUGUCUUCUUGCCCACAUCCCCCAGAGGCAGUCAGGAUUCUUUAAGAAAGACGACACGUUUUGAAGACAGAAAACAUGCCAUGUUUUCUUGCUAUCUCCCACACUACUUCCUGGAGACCAUGGAUUCCAAAUGUUUUAAGUAGAAUAUCUCAUCAUUAUGCCAUUCUUGGUCCCUCUAGAGAUGGGACUGCUGACCCACAAUCAGUAACAUUCAUACCGGGAAAUCUGUCAUAGGAUGGUGACCUACCAGUACUUAUUUACCUCCAAAUUUUCUCCUGAAUCCCUUCAUAGUUCAAAACAACUAAAAUAUGCUCAUCUGGAAUUGUGGACGCUGGUUUGUAUGUUCUAGAGAAAAUGCAGACAGGAGUCAUGCUCUGUAAAUGUGCCACCAGCGCCCACGUGAUCAUCAAGGUGAAGCCCAGGCCUCAUUCCACGGCCUCAAGGGCCAUGAAGGCCCUGGAGCCUGCCUCCCUUUCUGGCCUUGUCUCCUAUCUGCUCUUCCAUUGGGAACUUCACACUCUGUGUAGACGUGUAACUGCCAGAACAUGCCCACUCCUUUCACUCCUGUGUCACCGCACAUGUAAACCUCGCUCUGACUCACCAAGGAAAACUCUUAUUCAUCCACGAAUCCUAAGUUGCCAUCACUUAGGCCAUGGAAUCUCAUCUAGCCAAGCUCCUACUACCUCCUAAACCCAACUCUUCCCUUAUCUGUCUGUUGUCACGGUAGGACACACCACUGUAUGGUGUCACAUCUCAAUUUUUGUAUUUAUCACAUUGUUUUGUAAUUACUUGCUCACAAAUGUAUCUUCUCUUUUAAUAAUAUACGUAAACUUUUGACGGCAGGGAUUUCGUCUUAUGUACAAUUAAUAAAUACUUGAUAA